AUGGGUAUCCCUGGAAAUCUUACUAUCUUCUAUGCUUUUGUCAAAGCCAUCAGCCAGCAAAAUAUUACACCCAGUGAAAUCAUCUUGGGUAAACUUGCCUUUGCCAAUCUUCUGGUAAUUCUGACAAGGGGUGUCCCCCUCACUCUCCAAACUAUUGGAGUCUAUACCAUGUAUGAUGGUUUGAGUUGUGGCAUUAUUCUGUACUUGUAUUGUGUCAGCAGAGCCAUGAGUAUCUUCGUAACAUCCAUGUUGGGCUGCUUCCAGUGUCUCUUAAUUAUUCCCUGUACCCUCAGGUGUUUGUGGCUAAAACAUAGUAUCCUUGAAAAACACCCUUCCAUCAUGAUUUCUCUUUGGUGUUUUAACCUGUUGGUCUGCUGUACCAGUUUGCUUUAUGCUGUGCCUCGGAUUGGUACCAACUGUACCAAGGAAGAGAAUACUGUAGUGUAUGACUUCUGCUGUGUGGUAUUCCCUAGCCAACUCUUGUACUUUGGAAAUGGAUUGGUUUUUGUUGCCCGAGAUAUGUUCUUCUUGGGAUUGAUGACCUUUUCUAGUGGCUACCUGUUCUAUGUUCUGCAUCAACGUGGGAAACUGAUGAAAUGUUUGCCUGGGCUUCAAAUGAAGCGUGCAGAGAUCCAAGCAGCUAAAUCAGUCAUGGGCUUGCUCACUGCAUAUCUGCUCAGCUUUGGAUUGGAUAGCAUCUUUUGGAUGGUCAAUCUCUGUGUGUCUCCAGUCUCCCUAAGAUUUGCAGAUGCACGUAUGUUCUUUGAUUCCUGCUUUUCAGCCAUGAGCCCAGUUCUGAUCAUCCUAACAAACAGAAAGAUUCAGGCAAGCAUAAGGUGUGACUCCAAAAAAAGGCAAAGAUGA